AUGGAGGCCAAACUGGAUUCUACAGCUAUGAAUGAAAAGAAGUGUGACGGAAGUGACGACAAACCAAAGAUUCACGACUUACUAACCAUCGCUUCAAAGUUGCCCAUCACACCUGACAACUCUAUAGCAGGUCGGACAGGUAUGUUAUCAGGAUCUUUGUCAGAAGUUCCCGCUUUUUCAGAGCAGAUCUCCUCCGAGGACACGGAAUCAUCUUCAACUGACGUCUCUGUGAAUGUAUUCCCAAAAGUAAAAGGUGCAAAGACCAGAGCAGUAUCCAUCUGUAGCUCUGUGGAGCAGCCAAAGCCUCUGUGCGCCCUGCUGCCAUCCUCCAUGGAGGCCUGCACCGUCUAUGAAGUACGUCAGUCAUUCACAUCCAUCAGCAGGAGCCAAGAAAGCCUCAAAACCCCUACGACAGUCCACACUGAGCCAGACGACGACAACCUUUGUGCUGCGAUCCUUUUGUCCUGCCUCUUCUGUCACCCGCUGGACUGUUUGCUGGCCGUGAUGAGAGGGUGCAACGCGUGCCUUUGGUCGCUGUGCUCAUCCCUGUGCGGGUGCGAGCCCAGCACCCUGCAGCCCCUCCUGGACGUCACCCACAGCUGCGACCUCUGCGGGUGUCUUUGUGUUCGCUGCUUCCUGUGCGACUGUGCCGCCUACGACAUCUGCCUCCAGGCCACAGAGUGCCUGGACCUCGCUAUGGAGAUCUCUCAAAUGCUUUACCACUAA